CAAGGGAUAAUAACCGUUAAUCCCCGGUGCCAUAAAAACACGAUUUCGAAGCCGAGAUUUACCCAACGAAAUAUUCGCAAAAUAACUAAAGGAAAUAGCUCGGCUGCAGCUGCACUUUUUGCCAGAAGUAAACCUUUUUCGUUACCUGUUGCCAAAAAUCCGCGAUAGAAAUGGCCGCCGGAUUUCGUCCGUACGAUCAGGACACUUCUAACCUUACAAAUAGCGAGCCUCCGGGAAUUAGCAUGUCAGUCGUCCGGCUAACAGAGCCGCACCUACAGUACUUUCAUCCGCAGACUGCGAUCCUGCCGACAGUCCAGUAUUCCCAUCCGUAUCAUCACUAUCUUAGUCAGUUUGCCCCGAAUUUUGUGCCCUACUAUUACGGCCUGCUCUCGCGACCGAUAAUGAAGCAGGAGGAGAUGGACAUCGAGAACUAUAUCAACUACGAAGUGGCCUCCCAGCAGAACAUUAUGCGUCAGAGGGCCAUGAAGCCUCUGGGUCAGCUGCAGAUCCAAAUGCCGCCUCCCAUAAAGAUUAGCCACGGACCAGUGAAGGUUCCCGUAAAGCCAGUGCCAGUCCGAAGGAGUUCGCCACCCAAACGCCGCAUUAUCAAUGCUCAACUGGUGGCAAUGGCCAGCGCCUCCGGCGGAAUCAAGAACAUAGAACCUCGGGUGGAACCUUUGCCACCCGUCGAAGAAUCCUUUAAGCAGCAAGUGGCCAAGAUCCAGAAGAGCCAGCACCACUACGAACAGCUCUUCGGGAGACUAACCACAAUGCUGAAGACCCUCAAUCAGAGGUAUAACGAUGCUGAUGAUGUGCCUGCACCGCCGCUAAAAAGACCCCGCUACAUCUCCACCAGCUCCGCGGAAUCUCAUCUCCAAGAAACAGCCUCCGAAAAGGACACUUCGGUUUUGUAUCCCCAGCGGGUGGAAAAGGCGGAUGGCAGUGCCGCAUAUGUACUGGGACCCAAUGGCACCCAGAUCACAGCCCAUCAGUACACAGACGUCUUCUGGACCAAUGCUCCGACGGCCACGAGAAGUCUCCUCUGCAUGGUCUUCACUAGCGACGAGUUGGCCACCCACACGCUGACUGGAAAACCCUCACCCGCUUUUUACGGCCGGGAAAGGCCACCGAAACUGCAGUUGGACCCACGAAAAGUGGACGACAUUGUGAUCUGUGUGAGGGAAAGGACGGGAGGCAAGGAGCGUGUGAUCCGAGCCACCAUCACCACCAAGUGCGCUGACACGGCCAAGAAGUACAAGCGACGGGCAAAGAAGGCCCAGAAGGUUACUAUUAAAGAGGAAUUUUAAGAUGGUUGGGGAAAGGGAUUGGCUAGAUAUAAUCCAGCAAUGAUUAAAUCUUAAAACUUCGCAAAGGAUCGCAAACGACGCGCCAAAAAGGCGCAGAAAGCAUUUGUAAAUAUCAAUAAUAGGUCCUGCUUAAAGCUGUAACACUUGUAAAAUAAUCUAAUUGAAUAAACAAACAAAGACGAAA